AUGUCGAUAUUCAAACUCUUGGGCCUCAAAAAGAAUGCCACAGAGAAAGACGUCAGGAUCCAUUACAUAAGGAGAUUGAUCCAAGUGCAUCCAGAUAGAUCAUCAGGAUCAACAGACGAAUAUCUCAAACUAAACAACGCAUAUGAAGCAUAUACUAGGAACAAAGGAUUUCAGGAAACGCCAUAUGCUGUUUGUAGACGUGCAGACAUACACUCAAUAACAUGCAGAUGCGGAGAAAAAUAUAAAUUAUGCCACGAAGUAGAAAGCAGAGUAGAUUGUGAGUGCUGCUCAUGCUUCAUAGAAAUUGAAGACAACAUCCUCGAGAUAGGUGUAACUCAUUGA